UCUGUAAUUUACUUCCGGUUGUCAACCUUGACGAGGAAACUGGCCUUGGGAAGGUCGACAUUACUGUGAUUUAUUCGAUAUUUAGGAACUGAAUAUUGCAGAUCAGUAGUUUGAAGGUGUAGAUCAAAAUCAUCAUGGCUGCAAAACCACAGACUGACCAUGACAGACGAAAGCAAAUUAGUAUCAGAGGAAUUGCACCGGUUGAAAAUGUUGUAGAUUUGAAGAAAGCAUUCAAUAGGCAUCUCCACUAUACUAUAGUGAAGGAUAGGAAUGUUGCCACACCAAGAGAUUACUAUUUAGCGCUUGCACACACAAUUAGGGACCAUUUAGUAGGACGCUGGAUUCGUACACAGCAACAUUACUAUGAAAAAGACCCAAAGAGAGUAUAUUACUUAUCUUUGGAGUUUUACAUGGGACGUACACUAGCUAACACUAUGGUCAAUCUUGGAAUACAAUCGUCAUGUGAUGAAGCAUUAUAUCAGUUAGGAUUAGAUAUAGAAGAACUUGAGGAGAUAGAAGAGGAUGCUGGUCUGGGUAAUGGAGGACUUGGUCGUCUUGCCGCAUGUUUCCUAGAUUCCAUGGCAACACUUGGGCUGGCAGCAUAUGGUUAUGGUAUAAGAUAUGAUUAUGGUAUCUUUGCACAGAAAAUAGAAAAUGGUUGGCAGGUAGAGGAACCAGAUGAAUGGUUGAGGUAUGGAAACCCAUGGGAGAAAGCUAGACCAGAAUAUGUACUCCCUAUCAACUUCUAUGGAAGAGUUGAGGAUAAUGGUGGAAAGAAAAGAUGGGUUGAUACACAGGUAGUAUUUGCUAUGCCAUAUGACAGUCCUAUACCUGGGUAUGGUAACAACACUGUCAACACCAUGAGAUUAUGGUCAGCUAAAGCAUCCAGCAACUUUGAUCUCAAAUUCUUCAACAAUGGAGAGUAUAUCCAGGCUGUAUGUGAUAGAAAUGAAGCAGAAAACAUAUCAAGAGUACUUUACCCUAAUGAUAAUUUCUUUGAAGGAAAGGAGUUGAGAUUGAAGCAGGAGUAUUUCCUGGUUGCUGCUACUCUACAGGAUAUCAUACGUAGAUUUAAGUCUUCCAGAUUUGGUAGCAGAGAUCCUAUCAGGACUUCAUUUGAUUCCUUCCCUGAUAAGGUUGCUAUUCAGUUGAAUGAUACCCAUCCAUCUUUAGCCAUACCAGAAUUACUUAGGAUAUUAGUUGAUAUUGAAGGUCUACCUUGGGACAAAGCAUGGGAAGUCACUGUCAAAGCCUGUGCCUAUACAAACCAUACAGUAUUACCAGAGGCUCUAGAAAGAUGGCCAGUCCACUUGUUAGAGAAACUAUUACCCAGACAUCUAGAGAUCAUUUAUUAUAUCAACCAUCUGUUCUUACAGGAAGUUGCCAAGAAAUUUCCUGGUGACUCUGAAAGAAUGAAGAGAAUGUCCCUUGUUGAAGAAGAUGGAGAGAAAAGGGUCAAUAUGGCUUACAUGGCCAUUGUUGGUUCACAUGCUAUUAAUGGUGUAGCUGCCAUACAUUCUCAAAUUAUUAAAGAUGACACGUUUAGGGAUUUUGCUGAAAUGUUCCCAGACCGUUUCCAGAACAAGACCAAUGGGAUCACUCCUAGAAGAUGGUUGUUACUGUGUAACCCAGGGCUAUCAGAUGUUAUUGCUGAGAAAAUUGGAGAAGAAUGGGUAACAAACUUGUAUGCAUUGACAGGACUGAAGAAAUUUGCAAAAGAUGAACUAUUCCUUAGGUCUAUUAUUAAAGUGAAACAGGAAAAUAAAAUGAAAUUGGCCGAAUACAUUAAGCAGGAGUUCAACAUUACAGUAAACACCUCAUCCAUAUUUGAUAUCCAAGUUAAGAGAAUCCACGAGUACAAACGUCAACUGAUGAAUUGCUUCCAUAUGAUUGUCCUGUACAACAGACUGAAGAAAAACCCAAGUAUGAAAUUCACUCCUAGAACUAUCAUGAUUGGAGGGAAGGCAGCUCCAGGCUACCACAUGGCUAAAUUAAUCAUCAAAUUGAUCAACAAUGUAGGACGUACUGUAAACAACGAUCCAAUCAUUGGUGAUCGUCUAAAGAUUGUCUACCUUGAAAACUACCGUGUAUCUCUAGCUGAAAAGAUUAUUCCUGCUGCUGACCUUAGUGAACAGAUAUCAACUGCUGGAACCGAGGCUUCUGGGACAGGAAACAUGAAGUUCCAGUUGAACGGAGCACUGACCAUUGGAACUUUAGAUGGUGCUAAUGUGGAAAUGAGGGAGGAGAUGGGUGAUGAAAACAUCUUCAUCUUUGGAAUGAAUGUUCAGGAAGUUGAGGAAACCAAAAGACAAGGGUACAACGCAAGAGAGUUUUAUGAGAAGAAUGGUGAAUUGAAACAGUUGUUGGAUCAAAUCAACAAUGGUUAUUUCUCUCCAGAAGAUCCAAACAUGUUCAAAGAUAUCUACAACAACAUCAUGCAUACUGAUAGGUUUAUGUUGUGUAAAGACUUUGAAUCCUACAUAAAGUGCCAGGAUAGAGUUAGUGAAGUGUUCAGGGACCCACUGGAAUGGGCCAAGAUGUGCUUGCUGAACAUUGCCUCCUCAGGGAAAUUCUCAAGUGAUCGUACAAUUUCUGAAUAUGCCAAAGACAUCUGGGGAGUAGAACCAAAUGAUAUUAAACUGCCAGCUCCACACGAGACACCAGAAGAUUUUGGUUUAGAUUCGAAAGCAGCUAAAAAAUAAACAAAACUGUAUUGAUGACAUUCGGAUCUGAUUAUAGACUUGAUAUAUAGAUUAUAAAUCAUUCAAACGAAAGUGACAUGUUUAGAUUUUAUGCAAGGGGAUGUCAAUCUUUUAUUUUAUAAGUGCUAUUUGUUUUUGCUUGCCAAUAUCUUGUGGUUUAGUCGUUUCAGUGAUGUUGGGAUGGCAAAUGUUUGCAUUAGAGUUAUUCCCCUUUAAUAAAAUUAGAGAUUAAUGAUUCAAUGUCUGCUUUUGUUUUGUACAUUUUAUUUUAAAAAUUGUGACACUGUAAGAUCAAAACGAAAUAUCUGAUGUGAUGCCAGUAUUACCAUUUGCAUGUAAUGUCUGAUCCCAGUGCUUUUUACACGGUAAAGAUGGAUUGCAAUUACUUGUUUGAAGGCAGUUAGAUACCAAAUAAGUUGAAACUUACAAUCAAAGUUUUUUGCUUCAUGGAAGUUGAUUUAAUGUAGUAGUAAUUUUCUACGUGUCCAGGAAUGGAAUACACCCUAAAGUCAAUUGGAAAUACAUACCUCAGAUGAAAAAUAGCAUUACGUUCAGAAAAAAUGAUGUAGUAUUUAGACUUUGAUACAAAUUCUUCAACUGGCAUUUAUGGUUGUAUGUAAAUUACUUUAAAAAGAAAGCCACACAUGUUCAUUAUGGAGGAAUUUUCAAAGUCAGAUUGACAAAGUUUGCCCCCCUAAAAAAGCGAUAAUUUUGCAUAUUUAUAUUAAAUAUAUACAUGACAAAAAUGCCAAUCACAGUUCUCAUUACAUAUUUUAGUUUAAAAUUAUUUUUUUUAAAAGUGUCUCAACUGUGUUUACCAAAGAUUAGGAAUAAUAAUAAAGAACUAAAGGAGGGUACUUGAGAUAGAGAACAAAUAUUUUGUUUAUAAAGCAUUAUUUAUUUUUGCCAGUAUGUCACUUUUUCCAAGUAUGCAUAAAAAGUUUAUAUAACUACAUAUAUAAUUUUUAUUUUAAUAGUUAGUUUUAUGUUGUUUUAAGCAUGUCCAUCUUCAGAAAAUCAAGUUCUUAUCAAAAUGACUAUCUGUCAUUUGUAUAUUUCAUUGAUUGUCUGAUAGUAAAGUAUUUGCAAAUUUAAUUCACCCUUUUUUGUGUUGAUGUUAAGAAUGUUUACAAUAAUACCCAUGUAUUUAAUACAAUUUGCAUAAUUUAAUAUUUUAUUUUUUACCUCAAAGCCACGAAAACCAAUCCACUGCAUGGCAAUCUGAUAUUUAAAGUUGCUGUUUAGAUUUUUGUUUUGUUUUUCUAAUUGUUUUAUUUUUUUUGUUAUAAAAAAAGAUUCAGUUUUGGUGCAAGUUUUUAUACAAUAAAAUCACACCAAGAGGAACCUAUAUUUCUUAAGCAUAUAAAGAUCUACUGUCACACAAUAAUUCUUAUUUUAAAGAAUUAAAAUAUAUCGAAUUCCAGUCUGAAUUAACAUAUUAAAGAACAAUUUAAUAAUUUUAUUGAGUAGCAAAAAUGAAAAAAAUCUGCCUUUAAAUUUUAAAUGUCAGAUUUUUCACAUAGCUUUAAUUUUGCUAUUUGUUUUAUUUAUUUUGUUAUGUUAUUUUCCUUGUUAAAGAAUUAUUUACUGACAUGAUUUAAUACAUACACAUUUUGUGGGAAAAAAUUAUCUUAAAAUAUCAUUUAUUAUGAUUAAAAUUGAAUGAUUAUUAAGAUUGUAUUUAUCAACAAUUUACACUCCAUUAGCUAUAUUGAGCUGGUAGUUGUUAUUUAUGAAGGAAGAAAGUUGCAGAUUGUACAGAUUCUUAACCAAAAAAUAUCCAAAUUGUUUGUAUUUAUUAAACUUUUUUUUAUAACUUUUAUUAAAAGUAAUAGGAUGAAGUAGAUUAAAUAAAGAUUUUUUGAUAGAUGUGCAAUAUAUAAAUUUUGUAUGGUCGUUUGUAGUAAUUAUUGAAUCAGUUUAUACACAAGUAAUUAUUAUGGGAAAUGUUUAAUUGUAUUAGUUUUUAGAGUAUUUUUACAUACCAGAAUACCAGUUUGUAUGAAAUCCUUAGAUAAAUUUACUAGUACUUAUUGAAAAUAUACCUAAAAUGAUAGAACCAAAGAAUGAUUUGAAUUUGUUAUAUUUUCUGAGGAAACAAGAUAUUGAUGCAAAAUAUGACAUUUCUGAUCAAUUUAAGGUUUUUUGAAUUCUCAGUCUUUUAAUUUGUUUGUAAAAUUUGUCGUAGAGAAACAUUGGGGAGGAUCAUGUUAGGUUGUUAUAACUUUAACUUGAUCCUUUUGUUUAUUUACAUAAGCAAGUAUGUUUUAACGAAACCCAAACUGAACUAGAGAAUCAUUGCAAUAGAUUAAAAGACACCAAUAUUUAAUGAUCAUGUAUUGUUAAUCCUAUAAAAACAGAGUAUCAACCUAUGACAAGGGUAAUAAGAGCAGGACAAAGUGCUGUAAAUUCUACAAAAACAAGGUGGCAAUCCUUUAGUCAGGACUUUGAUAGGACCAUAUGCUUUAAAUCCCAAAAUGGAUGUCUUUUAGCAUCAGCAGGAUGUUGUGUUAGAAAUUCAAUUAAAGCUGGAUUCAGUUUUUGUGAGACAUGUUGGAUUAGUGAGGUAAAGAUCUUACAAAUUCAAGGCUUAUGUCCUUGAUUAGCCAGAAAGGUUAAGAUCUCAGACUUUAAAUCCUCCAAGUACCAGUUUUAUAGAAGGUUUAUAAAAAUCAGUUCUUGUACUGGAAACCCAGAAAGGGCCAGCCUUUAGUCUGAUAAGACAAGUAGGAUAUUGUGCUAUGCUAUAAAUCCUGAUUGUGUGAUACAACAUCAUUCCUGUCUGCAUUCUCUUUUUACUUUACUGUAGCAUGCUUGAUGUAAAUUUGUAUUCAUACGUUAGGAUUGUUAUUUUAUUUAAUAUUCUAUUUGUAAAUGUGCAUAAUUGAAACAUGCAAUUAAAAAAAUAGUGAUACUGUUGA